AUGGCUAAGAAUGAAUACGUAGGAGCCUGGACAAUAUCUACACCGGCUUAUCCUAAUGACUUCAAGUCUAUUGUAACGCCAACUUUUGCGCCAUUCUCUGGUAAAAAUCUAGAAUUUCAUUUCAAAGCAUCGUAUAAAGAAGAAGUUUCGCGCCCGAUAUCCAACUUUUAUGAGUUCAAAUUGAAACUCGUAAAACUCUCUAAUGCUAGUAUCUCACCAGUAUUAGAAGUGUUGGUUGACGUGAACUAUUCUGAUGGAUCUAAUUUUGUGAAUUAUCCAAGCAUGGUUUUAAAUGAUGGAAUGACUUUCGCUACUUUUAAUGAUGUAACUCGAAUUAAAAAUCUGAAGUCAAUCUACGAACAAAGCGUGUUCAGUGAUUUUGUCUUCAAAGUAGGCGAUAAAUCCUUCCCUGUUCACAAAAUAAUCCUUUCUGCUCAUUCUCCUGUUUUUAUGAAAAUGAUGACCCAUGAUUUCAUGGAAUCCAAGACCAACAGCGUUACCAUUACGGAUGCAGCACCUGAAGUCUUUGAAUUGUUCCUCAGAUCUUUGUAUGCUGGCGAACUUGAAAACAAGUCAUGGGAUUCUCUGAAAGAACUUUAUUACUUGGUUGAUAAAUAUGAUGUUGAAUUCUUAAAUGUUGAGUGUACUGAUGCAGUAAUUUCUCUCCUAUCUGUGGACUUAGUGUGUGAAAUACUCAAACUGGCCUACAGUUUCUCCGAUUCUGACUUAAAAACUGCCGCGAUAAAUUUUGCUGUCAAUCACAUCAAAAAAAUUGUUCCUAGAGAAGAUUGGAAAGAACUCGUGAAAAGUCAUCCGAUGAUUGGGUAUGAUGUCACUGCCAAUUUUAUUCCGAAAUAA